UGAAAUCAUCUCCAAAAACAAUAUGAACUGUUUUAAGUCUAAAAAACGACCCACUAAAUUUCAAACCUCACUCAAACCAGACAUGAUCUCACAACCAACAACUAUUACUCAUGAUGUUCUAUUAAGUUUUCCCCAUUGCAGAGUCCAUCUAUUAGGAUCAGGGGAAGCAUUAGAAAUCGCAAAUGGCGAUUUCUCCAUAAUCAGUCUAGUAGACGAAGGAAUCGUUCUCGCUACAAUAAUCAAAGUCGGCAAUGAUCUUCAAUGGCCAUUGACAAAAGAUGAACCAGUAGUGAAACUUGAUUUAUGUGAUUACCUUUUUUCAUUACCCAUGAGAGAUUCUGAGUCAUUGAGUUAUGGUGUCACUUUCAUGGAAAACAACUCUGGUAGGAUUAAUUUGGGUCAGCUUGAUGAAUUUCUCAAGGUAAAUUCUUGUUUUUCUUGCUCGGAUUCGUCUGUUAAGAUGAAGAAGGGUUUGAAUUGGAAGGAUUAUGCUCCGAAGAUUGAAGAUUAUAACAAUUUUUUGGCGAAAACUAUUGCUCAUGGAACUGGACAAGUCGUGAAGGGGAUUUUCAUGUGUAGUAAUGCUUAUACCAGUCAAGUUCAAAGAGGGGGUCAAACCAUUUUAACUGAAUCGAUUGAUAAUAGAAAUGGUGGUUCGGUUGGAGGACCAAAGAAGAAAGGUGAUGGCAGAAGUGGAGUCAAUAGAAAUCUCAAAAGGGUGAGAAAUUUGUCAAAGAUGACUGAGAAGAUGAGUAAAGUAAUGUUAGACGGAGUGGGGAUAGUGACCGGUUCAGCCAUGGCUCCGGUGGUCCGGUCUGGACCGGGAAAGAGAUUUCUAGCCAUGGUGCCCGGACAAGUUCUAUUGGCUUCUCUUGAUGCUGUCAAUCGAAUUAUAGACGCGGCUGAAAUUGCGGAAAAACAAGCUCUAACGGCUACAUCUGGUGCUGCAACAAGAAUGGUGUCUCGAAGGUUUGGAGAGAAUGCUGGAGAAGCAACUGGAGAUGUUCUUGCUACUGCAGGGCAUUGUGCUAAUACUGCUUGGAAUAUUUUCAAGAUUAGAAAAGCUAUUAAUCCUGCUUCUAAUGGUUUACUUUUAAAGAAUGCACAACCAAAUUUCAAUAAUGCUAGGAAAACAUUUUGAUAAUAUUUAUUUCUAAUUUAAGAAUUACCCUUUUAAGUAACAAAGGAGUGUGACAAAAUUAUGUAUAAUAGUGUGGCUUAAAAGUUAAUGAAGAUGGGAUUUUUUUUCUACUAGUGUGGAUUGACAUGUGUAAUAAAAUUGAUGAGGGUGUGUAUUUGAUGUAAUUUUAUGUCAUGAAAUUUGGAAUGUGAGCAAUUUGAUA